AUGGAUCUAAAUCCCAACCCCAAACCCCCAGAAGACCCUCCAUUUUCCACCGCGCCUCCCCACUCCACGGCCACCACGGAUGACCACGAGAUCAUCCUCUACUUUACCAGCCUCGGCAUUGUCCGCAAAACAUUCGAAGAUUGCAGAACCGUCAGAUCAAUCCUCCGUGGAUUUCGCAUCCCAAUUGACGAGCGAGAUUUGUCCAUGGAUGCCGGGUAUCUCGACGAGAUACAGAUGAUCACAUGUUCUAAAAAGGUUAGGUUACCUGCAGUUUUCUUAGGUGGGAAGUAUGUUGGUGGGGCCGAGGAGAUCAAGGAGAUGAAUGAGAGUGGUGAGUUGAGUAAGCUGAUUGGUGGGUUACCCUUUGUAGGAAACAAUAGUUUCUGUGAUGUUUGUGGAGAGCUGAGACAUGUUCUUUGCGCACAGUGCAAUGGCAGUCAUAAGAUCUACUCUGAGAAGCAUGGGUUUACGACCUGCACAUCGUGCAAUGUAAACGGUCUGGUUAAGUGCGGCCUAUGUUAUCCCGUGAACCGGCGGCGAAUGUCAAUUUAG